ACUCCCUUCCCCGUACAUCACUACAAGAACAGUAGCCUCUUCCUCCCUGCCCCUCAAUCAAGCUUCCAUACUCGCACUUUGAUUACGAAUCUGCUUCUCGGCUUGCGUGCGUAGACAAUCUUCCAGACUGUUCCGAAUCCUUUGCCAGAUUCCGCCUGGUAAUCGUUCCCAUCCAUUGAGCCCUUCGUGACAAGGAAUAGGGCGAUUCUAUUCAGAUACAAAUAGCAUCUUACGAUAAAGCCUGAGGAACUCGGUGUUAAUCCAUAAAGAGAUCCCAGGCCCUUCGAAACGAUUUUCGCACAAGACAUUCAGGAUAUGAAAACUCAAAUCAACUAUGGAUCCAUGAAGUCAACCAAAGGAUUGCAUGAAGAGGGCCUGGAAAAUGUGGAAGACCUCCUAAAGGAUAUUGCUUCUUUACAAGUUGAUCACGAGUUCAGCUACUCAAGCUCCUCAUCCUACUCAAGUUCAGAUGAUUCACAAGAAUGCCCAAGUUUGCUUGAGAGGAGACCCAAGAACAGGCAUGCAAUGAGGACCAAACUGUAUUCCUUUCACAACAAGUGGGAGCUCUUGAACAACACUGUAGGACUGAAGAAGAAGCUGAACAACAUUUCAUAUGAUCCUUUCAAGAGCGCAUGUGGAAAAACAGCUCGAUUCCUGUUGACCGAAAAUGGCAGACGGCGAACUAUCUUUACACAGAAGACCCCGAAGGUUGAGUGCAUUCCCAUGACACCGGAUGAAGGCUGCGAUCUUGAUUUCCUCGCUCUUCCCAUCGAAAUUCAGUGUCCAUCAUAGUUUGAUGCCUUUAAA